AUGGAGGAUGGUAUAAUGGAUGAUGGUGGACUUGAGGGAUGCAUCGAAGAAAUGAGAGAGUUGGCCAAGGAUAAAUCACCAUAUCUUGGUAUGGAGUUUCCAUCGGAAGAAGCUGCAUAUGAGUUUUAUAAUGAAUACGGAAGAAUUGUGGGGUUUAGUAUUAGAAGAGAUCAUUGUAACAAAAGCAAGAAAGAUGGUGUUAUGACUAGUAGAAAGUUUAGAAAGGUAUGUGAUACUCAGGGUAUAAAUAUUAAUAUAGCUGAUGAGACUGGAAUAUCUCUUAAGGCUUCACAUGAUCUUAUUAGUGUUAUAACAGGAGGGAAGGAAUUUGUAGGGUUCACAUGGGAGUAUGGUGAAGCAGGGAGUUUGUUAAGAUAUUUCCAGCAGCGAGUAGCAGAAAAUCCAUAUUUUUACUAUGCCAUUCAGUUGGAUGUAGAUGAGAUGAUUACUAAUAGUUUUUGGGUUGAUCAUCAGAUGAUAACAGAUUAUGGGCUUUUCGGUGAUGCGGUGUCAUUCGACACAACUUUUAGAACAAAUAAGGAGUACCGUCCACUUGCUUUAUUUUCUGGCUUUAACCACUUUAGAAUGACAGUGAUUUUUGGUGCAACAUUAUUGUAUGAUGAAACUACAGAGUCAUUUGAAUGGUUAUUUGAAACUUUUUUGGAUGCAAUGUCAGGAAAAAAGCCUAUAAGUUUUUUCACAUGCCAAGAUCAAGCAAUGGCUAAGGCAAUUUCUCAAAUCAUGCUUGAGGUUUUUCAUGGGUUGUGCACUUUUCACCUAAUGCAAAAUGCUUUAAAGCAUUUAGGUUACUUUUUCAAGAGUGGUUCAAAAUUUAGUAGCGAUUUAAAGGCUUGCAUUUAUGACUAUGAGAAUGAGCAUGAAUUAAUUGAAGCUUGGAAUUCUUUGAUUGAUAAAUACAACUUGCAAGAGAAUGAGUGGAUGAAAAGAACUUGGAGAAAAAGAGAGCAAUGGGCGCAUGUGUAUAUGAAGUGGGUAUUUACUGGAGGAAUGCGAAGCACAAAACUUAGUGAAAGUCUAAAUGGAACAUUAAGGAGAUAUUUGAAAGGUGAUCAUAACAUUGUUCAAUUCUUUACUCAUUUCAAUCGGAUUGUUGUAGAUAAGCGGUAUGAGGAAAUUUCUGCAAUAUAUGAUUCUAGACAAAAGUUGCCAAGAAUGAAAUUAAAAAAGUCUCCCAUUUUAAUCCAGGUUGCGAGUUUGUACACCCCUCCUAUCUUUGAUUUAUUUCAUUAUGAGUUGGAUACAUCCCUUUGUUGUCAAGUGAAGCAAUUCCAUGAGUUAGAAAGAGAAGUUAAGUGCGUGAUUGGCUUGUAUGGUAAUGAUGAAGAGUAUAUUGUGGAGGGUAGGGUGGAAGUUACUGGGCUAAGAGGAGAAAAUAUAUUAGGCCGAUGGAGAUUGGAUGCAAAAGAUUGUGAAAUUGAAGAGAAAAAUGUUGUAGUAGAUGAGGAUGAUCCGAAAUUGUUGAUAUUAGCACGUUAUAGAGAUCUUUGUCCAAGAAUGGUGAAACUAGCAACUCAAGCAUCUAUGCACAAACCUUCCUAUCAAUUGGUUGAUGAAGGGAUUAAGGAAUUGUGUGUAAAAGUAAAUAAUAUGAUGAAGGGAGUUGGAAAUUUUGGUACCAAAGAAUUAGAUGCGGAUGACCCCAACUUUGCACAAGUUAAGGGCAUAAAGAAGAAAGAUGUUGGACACAAAGGGAGGGGUAGAUUGAAACCUUGGCAUGAGAUGAUGAAUAAGAAGACAAAAGUUAUUUCACAACCAACCCGCCUUAGUAAGACUAUUGGUCAAUCAAGCAACACUACAAAUAUUCAAAAUUCAUCUUCAAGCCAACCACAGGAUGUUGGGAGUCUCUAUUGGCCACAAUUGAUAAAUUAUGGGUAUAAUCUUCUCACAUGUGAUACUAAUUCAUACUCACCAAGGUUUCCACAAUCACAACCUCUGCUUUUUGAAGCAUCACAUAGUCCACAAAGUUCUCAAGGAAUAUCACUUCAUCUAGUGGGGCACAAUCCAAUGGAGACCGAAUUUAGAAAUGAGAGAGAUUUUGAAGUUUGA